UGAAGACAGACCUCUAUGAAGAUAGACCUCUGCCGAGUGCUGUCGACGUAUAUGAUGGAGCAGUGAUCAGAAUGGAACUAGUUUGGGCGGGAAAACUGUGCUACACAUCGGUGGUUUCUUCCCAUUUCCCGGUAAUCCGUACAUGGCGGUUCAGCAGCAGGUAGCACAGACGGCAUUGGACCACGUGAACAGUUUGACUGGACUAUUGGACGGUUACCAACUGAGAAUGAGGUGGAACUGGACUGGGAAUGGAGAAGCUGAGGUAGCUCUUGGUGUUCUACACUCGUUCCUCUAUACUGGACCCACCGUGGUCAUGACGUGGGGACCUGUGGUGUCUCGGGAGGCCAUCGUUGUCAACCAAGUUGCCGCUAGAUACAAUAUUGUACAGGUUGGUUUAGCAUCGAGUGAUACACUAUCUGAUAGAUCCGUCUAUCCCUACACGGUCCAAACGUUCCCAACUGGGCGGGCUAUCAACGAAGCCAUGGUUGAGUUCUCUAAGCAGAUGGGAUGGACCAGGGUUGCCUUCAUUCACGAAGAGAUCGAGUCAUUUCGUCAAAUACAAGUAGUGUUUCUAGAGGUCUUAGAAAGAGAAGGACUUCAGCUAGUUGCAUCUGAAGGAGUUAAAGACGUCAGCUUAAUGGACGUGCAUUUACAGAAUCUUAAGCGACAAGACGCCAGGAUAAUUUUCACCGGAUUUAAUAAAGCUGAAACCCUGAAACUAUUCUGUCAGGCGUAUCUAUCUGGAAUGUACGGGGCUAAAUACGUGUGGAUAGCACCUUCAUGGGCGACCACCGUAUGGUGGCUUGAUGCCUCCCCGUCAGUCAUCCACCCUUGCACCCAGCAAGACAUCGAUACCGUGGUAGAGUUCAUGGUUCACUUUAACAUAAAUCAGCGACAGUCGGAUUUACAGAAGUUGGAUUACAAUGGAGUGAAACCCUUACCUAGUCACUACGACUACUUCAACAGUAUGCAACCCAUCAGUAACAUUGCUUACACAUACGACGGGAUCAUAGCGAUUGCCCUUGCGCUCAACAAAUCUUUACCGGGACUGCAGCGUCUCGAUCCCCCACGAAGUCUCGAGGAGUUCAGCUACUCCGACAGUGAAAUGGCUGAAGUCAUACUCCGGAGUGCUGAUGAUAUUGACUUUAUUGGAUUAGUGGGCAGGGUUUUGAUCACGAAUGGGCAAAGACGAACGGAUGAAGUGUACAUCGACCAAGCACAAAGCGGUGCCUUAGUAUCUGUAAUGACGUUUGAGACGCAAACGCGUCGAUUGGUGACGUCAUUGCACUCAAAAAUCAAAUGGCAAGGUAAGAACUGA